UGAAAAUGGAAUGCAAAUCUAGUGCCAAGAAGGUUAAGGCAUUGAAGAAGAAAGUUGUAGUAAAGAACAAAAAGAAAGUCAAGCCAGCCAAGGCUGUGAAGAAGGUAGAGCCACAACCAGAGGUGUUGUUCCCUCUAAUCACUUAUUCAGACCUUGAUGAUUCGAUUGAAAAUCACCUGAAGCAACUACCUCCAGAUGCUGUAGCAAGAACCUUGCUUAAACAAGUAGACGAUGGCGACUAUGAAGAAUAUGAUGAGCAAGAUGAAGACGAAGAAGAGAAAGAUGAAGGAUUCGAAGACUGAAGCCUCACUCUUGAUUUUUAUGAUCCCUUCGUCUCAGAGAUUCUUGAUAAGGAGUUCAGCCUUAAUCAUAUUAAAGAGCUCUACCUUGAUUCCCUUGAAUUUGUGAAUUCACAAGUGAGAACAUUGUUAAAGAAAGGAUUAGUUAGUGUAGAUGAACUCUAUCUGAAUAAAAAGUGAAAUCCUACUUAUGUUUCCUCAAAGGUUGACCUGGAGUAUUACUUUCCAACACUAAAGAAAGAGUUGCAUAAGGUAAAGAAGAGCAUACUCUUUGGAUAUUUUAAUAUUGAUGUGGGGCAGCUUAAUGAAUUAAUGAAAGAAAGCUCGCAUUUGGAAUUCAUCUCAUUCAAUUGUUGCAAAGUUGUACUCAACGAGACACUUGAUUUCCAACUUACAGGCGAUAAGCAAUACCAAACAAAAGUUAUUGCCCUCACUGGAUGUGGGAAGGAUUUCAAUGGAGGAUCUGUUGACGAAGUUGGUCUCAAGCAUUUUAUUGAAGCUAUAUCAAAAUGCUCACUGAAAGACUCUUUGAAACAAUUAAGCAUCACAUGGUGAAACAUCAGUAAGGAAACAGCAUCUGAAUAUCUUGAAGAGUUUGGAAUGGGCCAUAUAGCAGUGUGGGCUUAGACUUA